AAAACUGGUGUUUUGUUUUUCAAGUUCCAUUCAGAAAUGCUGGCCCUUGCCACCUACUCCUUCCACCUUUGAGACUGUUUUUCACAUUCCAUAUUUUAUACAAAAUAUCAUAGUUGAUAUGUUUAUUUAAAAUUUCUCCUAGGUACCGUAACUGCAGCUAAUUCUAGUUCGAUAGCAGAUGGUGCAGCCGCUUGUGUCCUAAUGACAAGAAAUGCAGCUGAUAAGUUAAAUAUCAAACCUUUGGCAAAAAUUAUUGGUUUUACAGAUGCUGCAAUUGAACCAAUAAAUUUUCCUAUUGCUCCUUCUUUUGCAAUAACCAAGUUGUUGGAAAUGACUGGAAUCAAAAAGAGUGAAAUUGCAUUGUGGGAAAUUAAUGAAGCUUUCAGUGUUGUGACUUUAUCAAAUGUGAAAAUACUCGAUUUAGAAUUGGAAAAAGUGAAUACCUGGGGAGGUGCCGUCAGUCUAGGACAUCCUUUAGGAAUGUCGGGUGCCAGAGUACUGAACCAUUUAGCUUUUUCCUUAAAACCUGGCGAAUACGGAAUGGCUGGCGUAUGCAACGGAGGAGGCGGUGCAUCUGCCAUGUUGAUACAGAAGAUAGAGUUACCAGUCUUAACACUCUACACAAAACAUCCAUGCCCAUUAUGCGAGGAAGCAAAGGAAGUAAUAAGACCAUUGUUGCAUAGGGUACGACUCGUAGAAAUCGAUAUAACACAGCCAGAAAAUAAGCACUUAUACGGGAAAUAUCGUUACGAAAUUCCAGUAUUUCAUCUCAACGGGAAAUUCCUAAUGAAAAACAGAGCAUAUUAUGCCUUGCUGGAAAGUAAACUAAACGAAACUUAAGUGUGGUUCUGGUGGAAGCGAAUCUAGUUUCGGAGAAGGGAAAUCCGCCAUAUUGGGAAACAUGGGACAUCCGUAAGGACUCCAAUGACCGUUCCAAAGGACAUUUUUCUUGCCUUCGUCCAUAAAGUGAACUUUAUG